AUGAUCAAAACACUGAAGUUUCUCGUACGUCUGUUGGUGCUCUCGUUGGUAUCUCUUAGUCUUUCCUCUCUUCUAACCAAAUAUUGCAUCUCGCCGCUGAUUUCGUCAAUCAUCUCCUCGAUCUUACGGAACUCGACCUCCGCAGGCUUCAAUUUCUCCACUGCCUGGAUGGCAUUCCAGUCUCUGGCGGCCGCACCGGCCUCCACCUCCAACUCGAUCUCCCGCGACAGCUGGCCUUCUCUUUGUCUGUUGAGCAAGCGGUUCUCAAAACACACGUCCAGCGAUGUGGACGAUUGCGUCGUGAACGCGGCGUGGAAGUUGCCCGCCACGUCACGUUGCUUCCGGUACUCGUUGCCCUCGGAAUCCACAAUCCGUAGCGUCAAACUCUGUCCGUCGCCCACAAACCCGUUCGUGUUCACGUUAACAACAACAAGCUGUCCGCCGGCAAUCGGCUCCCUCACACACGUCGGUGGUGGGUUGUGCAGCGUGGCAGGCACCUCCAGCUUUAACGAGGCUGCCAAUGUCGCAUAUAAAACAAGAAAUUUCACCAGCUCGACAAACUGCAUCGCUAUAAACACAGAUCUAAUUAUAAAACCGCGUCGAUCGUCGUCGGCCUUGGCGGGAGUAGGCGCGGUCCAGUCACCAACGGCAGGAGAGGUGCCCCAAUCGCUUUCGUGCGGAGUCUCGGCGUCGGGCUGCCAUGCAGAACGGCCUCCCCACACAGAUCCUGACCCAUCGUUCCAGCCAGGAGUCUUGCCCCCACUGCCCCAGGCAGGCGUCUUACCGCCAGAAUUCCAAGCAGGAGUCUUUCCUCCAGAGUUCCAAGCAGGAGUUUUGCCUCCAGAGUUCCAAGCAGGAGUUUUGCCUCCAGAGUUCCAAGCUGGCGUUUUACCGCCCGAGUUCCACGCUGGAGUCUUACCCCCACUGCCCCAGGCAGGAGUUUUUCCUCCACUGCCCCAGGCCGGAGUCUUUCCACCGCUUCCCCAGGCAGGCGUCUUGCCACCACUGCUCCAGGCCGGCGUUCUUCCUCCUCCAGGGCCAAAUCCGCCACCAUUGUUGCGGAUGGACCCACCGUUUGCACCGUUUGGAGGACCUCCGGAAGAAAAUGCAGCUCCUGGACGUCUGCCACGGUAA